AUGGAUGAGAAAUAUGAAACAGUAAAACUUUGUUACACAAUACAUAAAUAUUCAAGUUAUUCUGCUAAUUAUAUACCCGAGAAUAUCAUGGUAAAUAAUCCUUACGACCAGCUUUCAAGAUGGUUCAUAGAUAGCACUACACCAUCACAAUUCAUCAUGUUAAAAUUAAAAACCCCAUCUAUAGUGGAAAGUAUCAAAUUUGGGAAGUACAUAAAGGCUCAUGUUAGUGACUUGAAGAAAUUCCAAAUUUUUGGAGGCACCGAUGAAAAUAACUUGUCACUAUUAUUAUCAGCUGGUCUAAAAAAAGAUAGUGCACCAGAAACCUUUAGACUUCGUCACAAAACAGUAGAAGGCCUAUACCUACCAGUGCAGUACAUCAAAAUUGUCCCGCUGCAAUCGUGGGGUCCUGCGUACACAAUUUGGUAUGUGGAAUUACAGGGGAAGAACCACGAAGAUUUAAUUAAUUACGCAAUGGAAACUAUUAAUUUGCGUAAAGAAGAAGAAGCCAUACGCAUGGUGUUAAAACACUUGCGUAGACGCCGUUACAUAGAUGCGUUCGAAGCCUUGUCCCGAGAAAGCGGCGUAAUAUUAGAAGGACCUUUACAAACAAGAUUGUGGAACGCGCUUGUUGAAAACGGGGAUUAUAAAUUAGCAGAAGAGAUUUUUGAUGAAGGGGUUGCAGAGGGUGAACUGGACUGGUACAUGUCAUGGCAGCCGUAUACACCAUCGUGGCGACAAAUGUCUGCAUGUUCCUCACAAGUCGAAGACAGACUGUGGAGUGGAGACUCCCCGCCCCCGCCGCCGGCCAGGGAACACGAUCUACUCUGUACUGACAGGGAUCCCAGACCUGAUACGUCGGAGGCCCCCGUCAGCAGCGCCGAGAUCGACGAGCAUUCAGGGGCCAGCUGCGGCACUCCGGGACCCCGCGGCGGGCACCAGCUCUUUGUGGAUUCCACAACAGGGACACUAUACUUAUUCGGCGGUUGGAACGGCACAGAAGACCUGGAUGACCUGUGGUCGUUCUGUACGCGCACGGAGCGCUGGACGCUCCUGUGCCGCCACAGUGUGUUGGAGGGCGGACCUUCUCCGCGCUCCUGCCACAAGUGUGUGUUUGAUCCGGUGCAUAGGCGACUCUAUACACUGGGCAGGUACCUAGACAACGCACAACGGGUUGCCAGUAAUAUGAUGAGCGAUUUGUACAUGUACGACGUAGUGACGUGUGAGUGGUCGCUGUUGUGCAGCGACACGGCGUCGGUGGGCGGCCCCCGGCUCGUGUUCGACCACCAGAUGUGCAUCGACCCUGACACGCAGACGAUCUAUGUUUUCGGUGGCAGAGUGCUACCGGUUAAUACCGACGAAGUAGUGAUUCCGCAGUACUCGGGACUAUACGCGUACCACAUAACGACGAACACGUGGCAGCUGCUACUGCCCGACAAUCACAAGCUGAACGCUCCACAGCCGCGCGUCUCACACUCCAUGCUGUUCCACCCUGUCCAACGGCGCCUGUAUAUAUUCGCGGGCCAGCGGCACAAGGCGCAGUUGGUGGACCUGUGGUGGUGGGACGUGGGGUCGGGCGCGUGUAAGGCCAUGUGCCGCGGUGCUGUGGCGCCGCCGCCCGCCGCGGGGUUCACGCAGCGCGCCACCAUAGACCCCGACACGGACGAAAUAUUUGUUCUCUCGGGUAUGAGUAAAGAAAGCGACAAACGCGUAUAUAACACUCUGUGGGUGUUCUCUUUGCGUCGAUUGACGUGGACGGGCAUCUACCGCAACGACAGCGUGGCGCCUUCGGAGCCGCGCCCGAGGUUCGCUCAUCAACUGGUGUACGACCCGGCCACUAAGAUUCAUUACCUGUUCGGCGGCAACCCCGGCAUCCAGUCGUGCCCGCGCGUGCGGCUGGACGACCUGUGGGCGCUGCGCCUGGCGCGCGGGGGGGCGGGCGGCGUGGCGCGGGCGGCGCGCGCGGCGCUGCGCGUGGCGCGCUACCGCGAGCUGGCCGCGCGCGCGCGCCGGGACCCCGCGCACGCCGCCGCCGCGCAGGCGCUGCACUACCUGCGCAACGACUUGCACGAAGUGCUCGAUCACUCAGAUCCUGUGCAGGUGUCGAGAUUCCAAAAGCUGGCCACGGAGCUGUUCGCGAGCCCGGAGCCGCAGAAGGCGUCGGCGCGCGCGCUGAGCCCGCGGCGCGCACGCGCACUGGCGCGGCGCUACCACACGCUGCCCGAGCCCGGCGACCUGGCCUACGCGCUCGCAACGGUUUUAACAGCAAACGACAGACUCCCCGAACCGACGGAACCAUUCGAGGAAAUGUUACAGCCGACUCUGGACACCUGGGACAUCGGCACCGACGAUGACAUCACGCAAGACGAUUCAGAGACAGAGGCGUGGAGCGAUCGGACAAAACGGAUCAAGCUUUACGACAGUCUAUGUCAGUACUUCAGGCCUAGCAGGGUACCGCCAUAUGGAGACGUCACUACCUUAAUUACAUUGUAA